AAUCAGUGAAGAACGAUGGCGUCUGAUAAAGUGCUGCUUCUGAACUCACUGAAGGACCUGAGAGAAACUGAAUUGAAGGAGUUUCAGUGGCACUUAAAGAAUGAUCAUGAAUCUAUAUCAGAGUCUGAAAUGGAAAAAGCAGAUCGAUUAAAAACGGUGGAUAAGAUGGUGGAGUGUUUUGGGCCAGAAGAAGCUUUGAGGAUCACAGUGAAGAUCCUGAAGAAGAUAAACCAGAGCAAUCUGGCUGUUGAGCUGGAGAACAAACACAAGCAAGGUCAGGCUGAGGACAGAAGUGAGGAUCCUGCUCCUGUUAUAGCCGAAUCAAAACCAACUGAGGUCACUUUCCCCAACACUGAUCCCAGGACCAGGAACUACUUCCUACAAUAUUCCCAUCAGCUCACUUUGGAUCUGAACACAGUGAACGAAUACCUCCAUCUGUCCGAGAACAACAGAGUGAUUACUGGUGCAACCACAGAGCUUCAGUCGUAUCCUGAUCAUCCAGACAGAUUUGAUCAUUGGCGUCAGGUGUUGUGCAGAGAGAGUGUGUGUGGACGCGGUUACUGGGAGAUUGAGAGGAGUGGAGAUUAUGUGUGUAUAUCAGUGUCAUAUAAGAGCAUCAGCAGGAAGGGACGAGGUGAUGAGUGUGAGUUUGGAUCUAAUGAUCAGUCCUGGAGUUUGUUCUGCUGUCCUGACAAAUACUCAUUCAGACACAAUAACACAGAGACGGAUCUCCCUGUAAAGUCCCACAGCUGUCGUAGAAUAGGAGUGUUUGUGGAUCACAGUGCAGGAACUCUGUGCUUCUACAGCGUCUCUGACACAAUGAGCCUCAUCCACACAGUCCAGACCACAUUCACUCAGCCGCUCUAUCCUGGGUUCGCUGUUUAUGGUUAUAAAUCAUCAAUGAAACUGUGUUGAUGAAUCAGAAGAGACUGACGAGAGAUUCUACCCAUAACGUUUUGAUCUGCAUGAUAAAUCAGUAACAGUGAGAUGUUAUAGAGUAUCUCUCUUCUCUUCUCUUCAUGACAUUAAUACUGCAGCUGAACCUCUGUCACUGAAAUAUCAGAAUAAAUGUGUGUAAUGAAUCCUCACAUGUACAGUUAGAUCAGAGCGUGUGACGGUGUGUAUCUGUGCUUUUCUCAAGCUCUGUUUGUGUUGAUGGCGAUCCCAUUGAUUUAUAUUUAGUGUAGUGUUACGUAAAUCAUUUAUAUCCAAGUGUAUUUUAGAGCUGCUACUGUAAUGUAUUUGUGCAGUUUUGUAUAUUAUUAUUUUUCUGCCUUAUUCUUUUUCUAUG